AGUGAAGGAAAUGUACUGAGACACAGAGAGGGAGAGGAGACGCAGGACGGCAGAGGGCAGGACAAAGACAAAUGCAGUUGGGGGGAGCUGUCCAGAAAACACCCCAAAAGGACAGAGAGCGAGGAGAGGUGGAGGUCAGCCAAUCUGGAGUGAACCCACCGCACUGUCCAAACCACUCUGCAUCACCCUCCCUGUCCAGCCAUGCUCUGAGUUCUUCCAUCUCUGAAUUCCACACACGGCUGAGAGCGACACGCCAAACUUGAGCGAGGCACUGGCCUGUGGAGAGGAGAGUGGAGCAGGGAAAAGGAGGAGAGAGAGAAGGAGCAGACAGGCAGAAGGAGAGAAAGAAGAAAAGAAAGAGGGAAAACGAACAGCCAUGAGAACUGCCAGGAGAGGCAGCGUGGAGGUGCCCGCCUUCGUCCGGCAGUUGGUCAAGGGGACGGAGAAGAUGGUCACCUCGUUCUUCCGAGGGGGCCGAGCUGAGGGGGAGGAAGAGGAGGGGGAAGAGGAGGCAGUUCCCAGCCCCUACCUGGAUCGGCCUGUCCUGGAGAAGCACCUGGUGGAGGGGCAUGUCAAGUGGGGCGUCAGCUACGCCCUGGCCAGCAUGCAAGGCUGGAGGGCUCACAUGGAGGAUGACCACAACUGCUUCCCCGAGCUGGGCGGCGAGUUGACCAACUGGGGCUUCUUCGCCAUCUAUGACGGGCAUGCCGGGAGCGCGGUGGCACAGUACUGCUCCCAAAACCUGCUGGAAUACAUACUGGCCACAGGGGCGAUCAAGGCGAAGGAGGACAAGGAGCAGGUGAGCAAGGGGAUCCGGGAGGGCUUCCUGCACAUCGACCGGCACAUGCACGCCGUGGCGCGGCGCGAGGGCUGGGACCGCGGCGGCUCCACCGUGGUGGCCGUGCUGCUGUCGCCGCGCCACACCUACUUCAUCAACUGCGGCGACUCGCGGGCGCUGCUGUGCCGCGACGGGCGCGUCUGCUUCUACACCGAGGACCACAAGCCCUACAACCCGCGCGAGCUGGAGCGCAUCCAGAACGCUGGCGGCACCGUCGCCAUGCAGCGCAUCAACGGCUCCCUGGCCGUCUCCCGCGCGCUGGGCGACUUCAGCUACAAGGAGGCGGACUGGCGCCCCGAGACCGAGCAGAUGGUGUCGCCCGAGCCGGAGGUGUGCGAGCUGGAGCGCUCGCCUGGCGACGAGUUCGUGGUGCUGGCCUGCGACGGCGUGUGGGACACCAUCGGCAACGAGGACCUCUGCGCGUUCGUCCGCAGCCGUCUGCUGGUCUGUGCAGACCUGCGGGAGGUCUGCUCCCAGGUCAUCGACCUCUGCCUGUAUAAGGGCAGUCUGGACAACAUCAGCAUCAUGAUCGUCUGCUUCCCUGGCGCCCCCCGGGUGUCCCCCGAGGCACUGCGGAGGGAGGCUGAGCUGGAGGACCUCAUCGAGACCAAAGUGGCAGACAUCUUUGAAGAGCUGAGAGCAAGGGACGAGGAGCCAGACCUGCUGUACGUGUUGAACGAAUUGGCAGCAGCAAACAUCCCUGGCCUACCACCAGGGGGCGGCAUCACCAGCAAGAGAAACUGCAUCAUCGCUGCCUAUUACCAACAGAAAGAGGCUCGGAAACCCCGGGUGCCCCUUGACCUUGGUGGCUCUGAAGACUCCUUGUAGGGGUAGUUCCCAUGGAAACAGAAUCUUCAGCUUCACAUUCCAUCUCCCAGUCUAGCCAAGAAGAGAAGCUCCGCCUCGCGGCUGAGUUCCCCGCCAAUUACAAAUGGAGAGAUAUGCACAGGAGGAGGUCCGGACCAACCAGUCAGCACCAAGAUGAAGCAAACACAGUCAGUGCUGUCUGGGAAAAUCCAAUUCACCACAGAGCACAUUUAAUUUGGAGAGAAAUUUGGUUAACAUGCAUUUCCUUUUUUAUUUGUUCAGUUUAUGAAAUAUGACAAAUACUACACUGGCAUUUUUUAGAGUGUCUGUACAUGUACAGUGCCUGGCAAAAUAUGCAUCUAAAUUCUGCCAGUAUCUCUAUUUGUUAUAUGAGGUUCAUGUUUGCCCUAGUUUACAAAAGAGAUUUGUGAAUUUUAGCAAAAAAAAAAAAAAAAAUUACAUUAGGCUAAUCUGAACCUUGAUUUAAAACAUGUUCAUUCACACUGAGCUGCCAAUCAUUUUAUAGAGCCUUUCACCACAGCAAUAAUUUGCCAAAUUUGAGGCUUUUGUUUUCAUAUAUCACAUACCUGUGUAUAUAGUUAGCAAACAGGACAGGAAUUAUCAUUUUUAUUUAAGUAUGAAUUAUUUAUAACAGCAAAAAAGGUAACAGGAAGUUAACAGGUAGCAAACAGAAAGUACUUUUUCAGUCUUGGUUGUCUCUUUACCACUUUGUUCAGGGAGUGGGUAUAUGGUGAAAAAAGUAAAUUAAUA